AUGGCACUUGCUGAAGCACUUCUACGCAAAGUGCACAAGUAUGGACUUUUUCCCAAGAUUGUCAGGCUACUACCUGUGAUCUCUCUUGGUUUAGCAAUUGCCAGUGCCGCUUGGCUUGCUAGUUUACCCAUGGAUGGAAACUACAGAAACACCUACAUUUCAGAGAACGCGUUAAUGCCAGCACAAGUUACAUCGUAUUUCCGAGAAAGUGAGUGGAACAUUGUUCGUGGAUACAGAGGCGAGAUCUUGGGCAUGGAACUCAUGUCUGUAAGUGAAAGAAAUGCAAUUGUGGAAACGUGGUUGGCAGAUAUUGGCCUCAAGAGUGCUUACCAUGUAAACCAAGAUGGAGAUGACACGUUGUAUGCUAUAAUGCAUGCGCCACGAGGCGACGACACCGAGGCAAUGGUGCUUUCCAUACCUUGGCAGACGUCGGAUGGAAAGUAUAACGUGGGAGGAGCUGCUUUGGGUAUGGCAUUGAGUCGUUACUUUAGUCGCAUGUCGAUCUGGUCAAAAAAUAUUAUCGUUGUGUUUUCUCCUGAUGGCCAUGAAUCGCUUCGUUCGUGGGUGGAAGCUUAUCAUACGUCUUUGGACAAUACUGCUGGCUCAAUAGAUGCUGCCAUAGUGAUGGAGUUUGCUAGUAGUUCUGAUCACUUUGACUACUAUGAAAUCCACUACGAGGGUCUCAAUGGCCAGUUACCCAACUUGGACCUCAUUAACACAAUUGUGACCGUUGCAAGUGGAGAGGCGAUUGGCUGCUCUUUACAGGAAGCAUCAUUGAGUCAAUUAGGUACCAAUAAUUACUCGUCUCGUUUGCGUACCAUGUUGAAAAGUAUAGUCAGUAUGACGCUUGCUGGAAUCACCCCAAAUAGCCCCGGUUGUGAGGCGUUUUCCGGAUGGCAGAUUCAGGCGGUUACCCUCAAAGCCAAGGGUGAGUCGGGCCGCCAUGAUGUGACACAAUUUGGGAGAAUUGUCGACUCAACUUUCAGAUCAGUUAACAACUUGUUGGAAAAGUUCCACCAGUCGUUCUUUUUCUAUCUUCUUCUUUCACCAACAAACUUUGUCUCCAUUGGUACUUACCUUCCGUCUGCGAUAAUGUUUGCUGUUGCAUAUGCCUUGAGUUCUCUUGGUUGUCUUUUGUCGAGUGGAAUCACAGCAACCAAAUAUUUGCACAACAUUGGCUACACCCUUUCUUUAUUCACGAGUUUGCAAGUUGUGUGCUAUUCUCUUUGCGAGGGUUUACCGUUUUUGUUGAGACAAGCGUCCGAUAAAGAGGAAGCUGCCGGGGUGAUUCUUCAAGUAUUAUCUUUUUUAAGUGCGGUGAUCGCCUUGGGGCCCAUCCUUACCCGUUCUCGCAACAUCAAAUUACUUGAUAGAACAACAUCAUCGGCUAUGAUAGCGUUGUGUCUUUUCUUUAUUGCCAUGCUCGUGACAGCUUUGUUAAUCGUUCACUUUGCACUUGCAUUAGCUUUGGGUGUGUUGUGUCUUCCAUUGACUUUCAUAUACCCAAUCAUCUCCACCAAGGUUAAUGCCAGGGAAAAAUCUAUCAAGUCAGAGUUGAAAAUCUGCUUAUGUUCAAUACUUUCCAACCCUUUUUUCCUUAUCUACGUUGCUGGCGAGAUUCUUGGAUUAGGAGUGAGUCCCGUUGACAUCAUGACUGGAUUGUUAACUUCGUGGCACACUUUGCAAUGCUGGACAUGGUAUGUGUUCAUUUUGGGGUGGUUCUGCGUGUGGUUGGGAAUCUCACUUACAGCUACAUUUGGUCGUUUCGAACCUGAAGUUACCAGAACAAAAAAAGAGGAAUAG